CACUGUACACCCCAUUUAUAAAAAUUAUUUUGGGUUUUUCUUUUUUCAACGUUUUUCGUUAGUAUCAAAAUGUUUCCAGAAGGGCUUUUUUAUAUUUUAUCUCGUAAACACGGAUUUGCACUUGAUGUGUACGAUGGACAAACAACGGAAGGAAGUAAUUUAAUCGUUUGGCCUCAAAAAUUCGAGGAUAGUGAUAACCAAUUGUGGACUUAUGAAGGUGGUCGCUUAGUCAAUAAAAAGUCGGGUCAUGUUAUGGAUAUUAGUUCAAGUGCUUUCAAGAAGGAUAAAACAAUUGUUCAAAAGAAGCGUAAGCCUAAUAAGCAAUCACAAGAGUGGAUCUAUGACCAAGGCUUUAUUUGUUCAAAGGAAUAUCCUAGUCUUGUGCUGGAUAUUAGGCGCAAAGAGACUGAUAACUUGAAUCAACUUUGGCAAUUCGAGCAGUAUCAACAAUUUGAGGGAUCUUUAGGCUUAGUAACUACAGCUACUGCAUUGCAUAAGAAAGAAACAUUUGGUCAACCUCGACUUGGGUAUGCUGCUGAAAUCGGUGUUCCUCCCGAGUUAAAAGCGAUUCCUGAGAAUAAUAAGAUUGCUGGUGUUGGAAACAAUGUCUCUGCUACACCUAGUACAGAUGCUCCUGUCGAUAACUCUCGUGUUGAUCCUGCUUUGGCUCAAUAUGGCUCCUUCUAUGGUGGCACUCCCACUUCUGUACCAGCCGCUCAGCCUGGCCCAACACCAGUUUCUAAUGCCUAUCCUCCACCUUCUGGUCCCCCGCCUACUCAAUCUAAUAAUGGUUAUCCUCCUCCUCCACAAGCUGGACCCCUCCCAUCCAGUACUUAUCCUCCUCCUCCUACUAAUCCUGGAUAUCCUUCGCCUGGUAGUAACAAUGCUUAUCCUCCCCCACCUGGAUCUAACUAUUCACAAGGGUCUUCUUACCCUAGUGGAUAUCCAGCUCAACCACCUUCCCCUUCUAACUAUCAACAGCAACCUCCUAAUGGUGGAUUUUCUUCUGCAUAUCCUCAGCCUCCAUCUACUGGCUAUCCAUCUAACAAUACAAAUACAAACUAUCCUCCUGCUCCCCCUUCUCCAUCCAAUUAUUUGAACAACAACUCUGCUUAUGGAUCCCCACCUCCAAGCCAUGCUGGCUAUCCCGGAUCGCCUACUCAAUUAUCUAGCUCGCCUCCAGCUUAUCCUCCUACUUUCCCACCCGCCAGCAAUGCCUACCCUCCAUCCAAUGCCUAUCCCCCAAAUCAUAAUGCGGGCGGGAACUUUUAUCAACAACCCGGAGCAAUGCCAGAUAAUGGCAAUUACGGCUAUCCCGCUCCUCACAACCCCUCGGGACCACCACCGUUGCCCAGUAACAAGCCUCAAGAUCAAUAUGGUUAUCCUAGUUAUCCUCAAUAAAAUUAAAUGUCUAUAAUUUAUUUAAAUUAUUAUAAAAAAAAAAU